UUUCCGGAAAUGACCGAGUGUCCCCGAUACACUCACAACUCUAUGAAGUUUCUUUUUCUCUUAUCUUUCUCUUCUCGGUUCCGUCUCUUUAUCUUUUCUCUCAUUUUAUUACUUUAUCAUUUCAUUCUCUACUAAAGGAACUUAUUUCAUGUGUUUGCUCAUUACUGAGACUGCUGUAGGAACAUCUGACUGCAGGAAGGUCAUGGCACAUAUAAGACAUAAAGGUCAGUCAGCAUGUUCCUGACUCUGACCUGAUGCCAUUUUUCUUCACUUCCUCUGCCAUGGAAGGACAGAACUGUUCUCCUACAGAGGAAACACACAUGAAUGCUGGAAUGUUGGGCUUGGCUUCUACUGCUAUGGAGAAUCCGCUCUGCACACCCUGGAGUUUCACCGCUGAUGCGCCUUUCAACCUGCGCUGGUCUGCAGAGUCCACCAGUCAAGAACAGGGUUCCAGCAGCACCUCGGACAUGCACAUGGACAUUUUCAGCCAAUCUGCUCUGUCUGAUCUGGACAUGUUGACUCUGCAGUAUGGUCAUGACCUCCUUCAGGACCUGGUAUGUAUUGAUGAUCUGACUGAUAUCUCCCCCAUUUCUACGGACCCUCUGUCUGACUUUGUAGAUGUCAUUCCUGUACCUACCAUAUGGGACAUCAAUACACCAACACCGACUCAGGAGCAGUAUUCCAACCGGUUUCAGGAUAUACAAAGUUUAGCUGAUAUCACAGCACUUAUCAGCACACCGCCACCUGUUCAGCGUUCUCAGCCAGAAGAGGAGGAAGAGAUAGAGGAAGAAGAGACAGAAGAGCUCGGCCAUGUAAACACCUAUGCUGAUUACAAACCUUCUAAAUCCUCUAUAGGAAACUCACACCCUGACCGUGUAGUGGAGACCAACACACUUUCAAGCGUUCCUCCACCAGACAUCACCUACACACUCUCUAUCCCUGAGGCCAUCAUCCAGUGUGGGGUGCUCUCUGCCCUGCAGCUCGAGGCCAUCAUCUACGCCUGCCAACAACAUGAGGUGAUCCUCCAGAACAAGCAGAGAGCAGGUUUUCUGAUUGGAGAUGGAGCUGGAGUGGGGAAGGGCCGCACAGUGGCUGGGAUCAUUCUGGAGAACUUCCUAAAGGGAAGGAGAAAAGCAUUAUGGUUCAGCGUAUCCAAUGACCUCAAAUAUGACGCUGAACGAGAUCUUCAGGACAUUCGUGCUCCUAGUAAUAUUCUAGUACAUGCUUUGAAUAAGAUAAAGUAUGGAGACACAGCUACCUCUGAAGGGGUUCUGUUUGCAACCUACUCUGCUCUGAUUGGAGAAAGCCAGGCAGGAGGUCAGCACCGCACCAGACUCAAGCAGAUCCUGGAUUGGUGUGGACCAGAAUUUGAUGGAGUCAUCGUGUUUGAUGAAUGCCAUAAAGCUAAAAAUGCCACAUCCACCAAAAUGGGCAAAGCUGUGAUUCAGCUCCAGAACAAGCUUCCUCUGGCCAGGGUGGUGUACGCCAGUGCUACAGGUGCUUCUGAGCCAAAGAACAUGAUCUACAUGAGUCGUCUGGGAAUCUGGGGAGAAGGAACACAGUUUAAGACGUUUGAAGAUUUCCUCCACGCGAUAGAGAAAAGAGGUGUGGGUGCCAUGGAGAUUGUCGCUAUGGACAUGAAGGUUAGUGGGAUGUACAUCGCACGGCAGCUGAGCUUCUCUGGGGUUUCGUUCCGCAUCGAAGAGAUCAGCUUGGACAAUGACUUCACACUCGUUUACAACAAAGCUGCCAAACUGUGGGCAGAAGCUUUGGCCGUGUUCACUCAGGCAGCGGAUUUACUCGGUAUGGUGUCCAGGAAGUCUCUAUGGGGUCAGUUCUGGUCUUCCCAUCAGCGCUUUUUUAAAUACCUGUGUAUCGCCUCGAAGGUGCGCUGUCUGGUCGAGCUGGCGAAGAAAGAACUGGAAGCUGGCAAGUGUGUUGUGAUCGGGCUGCAGUCCACAGGUGAAGCACGAACUCGAGAAGUUCUUGAUGAAAAUGAAGGACACUUGGACAAGUUUGUUUCUGCUGCAGAAGGUGUGUUCCAGUCUCUGGUCCAAAAGCACUUUCCUUUAGAGAAACAGAGAAAAGAAAAAGGAGCCGCCAGCAAGAGGAAACGUAAAGCUAAAGUUCGGCAGUCAAAGUGCCCCAGGCAGGGGGCAGAUGGCAGGAGUGUCGUUAACGUCAGUGAUGACAGCAGUACGGAGUCUGAUGGAGUGGACAGUGACUCCAACUCGUCUCCUGAUUCACUACAGGACAACGGCGAUGACGUCAUCUUCAUUACACAAACCAACUGUUAUGCUGCUCGUUUGGAGGAGAUGAAGCAAAGCCUCCUGAUUAAAAUCUCGGAGCUCGGGAAAGAACUACCUCUGAACACACUGGACGAGCUCAUUGAUAAAUUUGGAGGUCCAGAGAAGGUUUCAGAGAUGACUGGACAAGGUCGAGUGGUUCGGCAGAUGGAUGGAAGCGUUCAUUACGAGUCUCGAGCUGAACACGGCCACACCAUUGACCACAUCAACAUCAAGGAGAAGGAUCGCUUCAUGAACGGAGAGAAGCUGGUGGCGAUCAUCUCUGAAGCUGCCAGUUCAGGGAUCUCUUUGCAGGCAGACCGACUGAAGAACCAGCGUAGGCGAGUCCACAUGACCCUGGAGUUGCCCUGGAGCGCUGACAGAGCCAUUCAGCAGUUUGGUCGCACUCACCGCUCCAACCAAGUCACUGCCCCAGAGUACAUCUUCCUCAUCUCUGAACUCGCCGGGGAAAGACGCUUCGCCUCCAUUGUUGCUAAGAGGCUGGAGAGCCUGGGAGCUCUGACACAUGGAGAUCGAAGAGCCACAGAGUCUAGAGACUUAAGCAAGUACAACUUUGAGAAUAAAUAUGGAAACAGGGCUUUGGAGAAGAUCACCAGAGCCAUUCUGGGUCACAUCGACAGUAAAGUUGCUCCUCCUAAAGACUAUCCAGGAGGUGAUGCCAUGUUCUUCAGAGACAUGAAGCAGGGCAUGUUGGACGUUGGUAUUUUCUGUAAGGAGGCUCGCCUUGGGAUCAACCCUGAGAAAGACUGCACAAUUACGAAGUUCCUGAAUCGGAUUUUGGGUUUGGAAGUGCACAAGCAGAACUCACUCUUUCAGUACUUCAGUGAUAAUUUUGACUACCUAAUUGAAAAGGACAAAAAAGAAGGGAAAUAUGAUAUGGGGAUCCUGGAUCUGGCUCCUGGGAAUGACGAGAUCUACAAUGAGACUCAGGAGAGGUUUCUGACUCCAGGCAACCCGCAAGAAGGCCAAGUCAUUCUCUACAAGAUCAGUGUGGACAGAGGCAUGCCCUGGGAAGAAGCUCUUAAUAAGUCUCACACUCUCAGCAACCCAGACGAAGGUUUCUACAUCUCCCACAAGUUGAGAGGGAAUCACCCCUGUGUGCUGCUGGCCGAGUUGGGCCGAGGUCACAACCUGACCAUCUACAAGCCCAAUGUGGGCAAACAGAAGCAAGCGGAGAGUCUGGAGAGCAUCCAAAAGAAGUACCGCAAGGUAACUCCAGAGGAGGCGAAGGAAAGCUGGGAGAAUCAGUUCACUUUCUCAUUAAGGAAAUGUAGCCAUGCUAACUGGAACGGGAGGUGUAGAAAGGUCGAGGAGGGUCAGGAGUGUUUGCAGGGGAUGCGUUUGCGGCAGUACCACGUGCUCUGCGGUGCUCUUCUCUGCGUGUGGAAGCGUGUUGCUGACGUGGUGGCCGACGUCACCAGCUCCACCAUCCUGCAAAUCGUCCGCCUCAAAACCAGAGAGUACAAACAAGUUGGUAUAAAGAUUCCAGAGAACUGUGUGACUCAGGUGCGGGAUGAGCUAGACCACAUGGACAAGGGUAAAAGGAGGCGUCAGGAGAAAGAGCUGCAGGCUCAGGAGCAGCAGCAGGCCAAACAGCAUCAGAGGAUGUUGGAAGAGCGUCGCAGGGAAAUCUGUAUGUUCUACAGUCCGUUAUCACAGCUCUCCAGCCCACCCAACCUGUCCAACCAUUACCCGGGCCCCUUAUUCUCCCUUAAGAAAUCCACAGAGGGCAUCUUGGACCUGACAGUACCUGGUUCCUCUCGUGUUUCCCCACAUGGUACAGGAAAGGUAUCUGAUUACAGUCUGGACUCUUUAAUACAGUUGGAACAGAAUCAUGCUCCUCUGAGGGACUCAGCACAUAAGGAAUUCCUUGACAUUCUCAACUUGCUGCCAGAAACAUCAGAGUGCCAACCUGCACUUCCCACAUCUUCACUGGACUCUUUACAUGCUGCCCCAACAAACCUCUUCUCCACCUCCACCAUCUACACCUCCACCCCUUCAUCUCUUUUCUCCACCUCUCUCACACCAUCAUCUUCUAAUUCUUCACUUUCCCUCUUCUCUUCACUGUCUCCAUCUGACCAGCGUCCGUUCGCUAACUACAGUGACGACAACGCCAUCGACGCCAAAGAGGUGCUGAACAGCAUGCUGAGGAGCGGCUUGGACUGCCGCCAGUCCGUCAUACAGGUGCGAGCGCCCGAGUCCGAGCACCUGUCCUGAUCAGACCUGCUGGGGUUUUUCUGCCAUGAAACACCAAGCUGACAUGAUCCCAUUUACACCAACAAACAGAGCAGGUCCUGUUCGCUCAAGUUAUCCUCAAUACGAUCAACCCGAAUGACACGUUCACACAUGUAGAGGGAAAAAAAUAACCCUCCAUACCAGGAGGUGGCAGUAAUCUGUGUGUUUAAAACAGAAAAUCAGGAGACAGGUUAUUGUAUUACUUUAUUAGAGUUUAUAUCAAAACCGUAAACCAUCUAAAUUAAACAGGUGCCAAGUUUUCCAGCUACACCAUCAUGUCGUGGGUUUGGAUCUACAGGAGCCUCCUGAAAUCAGGGCUUUUUCAGAUAAAGCAGGAAUACAUUUCAGAGAAGGAAAAUGGCUGUAGAGGAAAAGACAUUUGCAGUGCAUCGACUUUAUCCAGGUGAAAUUUGACUGGUGAAUCUACAGCAUGCUCUCAGGUGAGCCAGAACCUGUGGGCUCAUCAACAGUGUUAAAGGAAGUGCUAAUUUAACACACACUGCUACACUCGCACAUAAAAACAUCGACUGAAAGAAAUAAAAAAAAAGUCUUUUUAA